UCACUCGGCACGGUGCAAGCCCAGGACGUUGGGAAGAUUGUCCAAGUUUCGGGGACCGUCGUCCGCGCGAGUCCCGUACAAAUGUACGAAUCGGCGAGGACUUUCCAGUGUCGGGGAUCGCAGGGUUGCCAGCGUAUCGUCCGGGUCCACGCCGAUCUGGAACAACGACACAACGCUUUGGUGACCCCGACACGCUGUCCGCUACUCGGGAACGACAACGGCGUCCGCUGUCGGGGAACCAACCUACAGGUCGUCGACGGCGGCUCCGUUCAUACCGAUUAUCAAGAAGUCAAAAUACAGGAAGCUGCAGCGCGACUCGGGGUCGGUCACAUUCCGCGCAGUUUGUUGAUUAAACUGCAGCACGAUUUGGUCGAUCAGGUCCAGCCGGGUGACGAGGUCAUCGUCGUCGGUAGUCUACUCGCACAGUGGCACCAACCUAACGUACAGCCCGACGUGGAAUGUCACGUCGGAAUCGCCAUGACGGCACAUUCAAUCCGGGUGGUGGCCGAAAAAAACUCGUCGGCGUGGAAGAAUGCAGGAACUGGGGGCGGCCACGGCGUCGGCGAACUGGACAAAUUCCGCAAAGAGUUUGACACCUACUGGAGUGAACCGUCCCACCAGAAACAACCCGUUGCGGCCCGUGACUUUAUUUGCAAGGCCGUUUGUCCGAAACUGUAUGGUCUGCAAGUGAUCAAGUUGGCCCUCCUACUGACCUUGACCGGGGGUGAGCAAGCAGUCCACACGAGACGACGGGAUCAAUCGCAUUUGCUGCUGGUCGGGGAUCCCGGGACGGGCAAAUCUCAGUUCCUCCGCUUUGCCGCUGCCCUGUGUCCCCGGUCGGUGCUAACGACGGGUGUAGGGACCACAUCGGCGGGUCUCACAUGCGCUGCCGUACGCGAAGGGAGUGGGAAGGAAUUCUCCUUGGAAGCGGGAGCUCUGGUCUUGGCCGACAAGGGCGUGUGCUGUAUCGACGAAUUCGGUUGCAUUCAGGAAAAAGAUCGGACCACCAUCCACGAGGCCAUGGAACAGCAAACGCUAUCCGUCGCCAAGGCCGGCAUCGUGUGCAAGCUCAAUUGCCGGGCGACCAUUAUUGCCGUCAUGAAUCCCCGCGACUGCCUAUACGACAACCACGCCAGUCUCUCCUACAACACCGGUCUCGGUACGCCGCUCCUUUCCCGUUUCGACGUUGCGGAUGCGGGCGACGACGCCAAUCUGGAAGAACCUUGGACGAUGGAAAAGUUACGGGCCUAUAUUGCGGUCGUGAAAGAACGUUUCCUGCCGGUUAUUAGCGACGAGGCGGCCACUUUACUGGAACGGCACUACGAAAAGUGUCGGUCAUCGCAAAGUAACACCAUUCCCGUGACGGUUCGUUUUCUCGAGUCUCUCAUUCGUUUGUCGCAA